AGUGCAAAGUGCAUCCCGAAAACCCCCUGCCUGGAGCCCCCGCGGCUGGCACUUCGGAUCCUGUAUGACCCGGGACCUCGCUGCCCCGAGACCUGCUGUGUGCCCCCGUAGCCGGGAGCCUCCGGCCCGGAGCGCGGCAGCCCCUGCUCCGAGCCCUCAGACCAGGGCUGCCCCCCCACUCGAGCCGGGACUUCCUCCCUGCACCCCUGCCCCGAGGCUGCCCAGCGGUCAGGACUGUCGCCCCAAUUCUGCUCGACUGUCCGGAUGCUCGCUGGGCUGGGGCCGUGAGGCACCGAGAAGGAUCAGGAACACCCGUGCCCGGCCCUGCCUGGAGUGUUUGUUCAAUGGAGAAGUUGGUGAGUGUGGAGAAGGCUGAAAGGAGGAAGAGAAGCAGCAGCUGAGGAGACAGGUUUGAGCUGGCUAGAGGAGACGAGAGAGCAGGGAGGGGUCAAGCCACCCACCAGAGAAGCAGGAGAGAGCCUCUGACCAGCAUCCUCUAUAAAGGUUAAAGCUCAUUCACGCUGCAGUCUGGACACACUCUGAGCCGCCUCCUCACGAUGCCGUAUGUGCACAAUGAUUAUUAGGCAAUCCACGUAUCAGGAAAAGGGACAUUCUUCCAUAAGGCUGUUCCCUGUGACCUAAUGAAUCCUUUGUAAAAAGUGGACUCAGCUAGGAUGUUACACCACCAUUGUCGAAGGAACCCUGAACUUCAGGAAGAAUUGCAGAUUCAGGCUGCAGUGGCCGCUGGGGAUGUUCACACAGUACGGAAGAUGCUAGAACAAGGCUAUUCUCCCAAUGGCCGGGAUGCUAAUGGCUGGACCCUGCUUCAUUUCUCUGCAGCAAGAGGGAAGGAAAGAUGUGUUCGGGUAUUUCUAGAACAUGGAGCCGAUCCGACAGUUAAGGACUUGAUCGGAGGCUUCACUGCUCUUCAUUACGCAGCCAUGCACGGCCGGGCCCGGAUUGCACGCCUGAUGUUAGAAUCUGAAUACAGGAGCGACAUUAUUAACGCCAAAAGCAAUGAUGGCUGGACUCCCCUCCAUGUGGCUGCUCACUAUGGUAGGGACUCAUUUGUCCGACUCCUACUGGAGUUCAAGGCUGAGGUCGACCCGCUCAGCGAUAAAGGCACCACCCCCCUUCAGCUCGCCAUCAUCCGAGAGAGGUCAAGCUGCGUGAAGAUCCUCCUGGACCACAAUGCCAACAUCGACAUCCAGAACGGUUUCCUCUUGCGAUACGCUGUGAUCAAAAGCAAUCACUCUUAUUGCCGAAUGUUCCUUCAGAGAGGAGCAGACACAAACUUGGGUCGCUUAGAAGAUGGACAGACUCCUUUGCAUUUGUCUGCCCUUAGGGAUGAUGUGCUUUGUGCACGGAUGUUAUAUAACUAUGGAGCGGACACAAACACAAGGAACUAUGAAGGACAGACCCCAUUGGCUGUUUCAAUAAGUAUUUCUGGAAGUAGUCGACCGUGUUUGGAUUUCUUACAAGAAGUCACAAGACAGCCCAGAAACUUGCAGGACCUGUGCCGAAUUAAAAUUCGACAAUGUAUAGGCCUUCAAAACCUAAAGCUACUUGAUGAACUACCAAUUGCCAAGGUCAUGAAAGACUACUUAAAACACAAAUUCGAUGAUAUCUGAUGUACACAGAACUGUGAGCAAGAUUAGGAGUUAUAUUCCAGAUACUUAAAAGGCUUUUUGCCUUGCACAAAGUAUAUCCUAUGCAAUUUCUGAUUUGCUGUGAAGUCAGAAAGCAGGUAUACACUUUUAGGUUUUUUGAUUGUUUGUUUGUUUGGUUUUCAUGGUAGGGGAGGGAUUUUUUUUUUAUAUAUAUAAACACACACACACACACACACCACAUGCUUGAAGGUCUUAAUUUGGUUUCUUGGUCCAAGUUUAAGAGGUCCAAGCUUUCUAUACAAUAUUGCAUUUACGAAAAUUGUUUUUCCAAAACAACACAAGCAGCGUUGGAGUGGAGAAUUUCCCCUUUCCAAAUGUAUGGUUUCAUGGGCGUGCACGACAUUAUAAACCAGCAGAGCACUUGUUAAGGUUUGGAGGCACAGUUUCACCCGGGGGGGUCCUGGGUUCUACUGGAAAAAGCCCUAAGAAAUUUUUAAAGUAACUCUGUCACCUCAUUCAUUUUUAAUGAGUACAAAUUGGCUGUUUGAAACUGUUCCUUUCCUAAUUAAUGUAGCUCUUGGAUGACAUAAAUCCAGUACCU